GUGAUUGAACGUAUUAAUUUAAAUAGUAAGGACUACUUUCUUUCUUUCAAACUUAAAUGAGCAUUCGUAUCAAUGUCGAAAAAGCUGUUAUAAGAUGCUUGCGGGAUUCAGCUGUAAAACUGUCAUAACAAAGGAUUUGUAAACGAUACUAUUCUUAAAACCGUUCAUGGUUCCGUUUCCUCUUCACUUGCUGUCAAAAUUUGAGAUUUGUUUACAUUUCAAGCUUAAGAUAUUCCUUUGAAAAAAGGAUGGCUGUAAAUCCCAUUAAAUAUUUAAGUAAAGAUUUAAUUAAUAAACCAACACCUCUGGACGUGUGGCUACAAGGAACUAUUGAACAAACUGUGGGUAAUGAUAUAUUAAUAAUCUCAGAUAAUUUUGGAAAAGUGAAAAUAACAAAAUUGGAAUCGGCUGAUGGAGUCGUGGAUACCAAGAGUUUAUGCAAAGGCACAUAUUGUUGCAUAAUAGGUGUGGCAGUAAACACUAAAGGUCUUCCAGAAGUUCAGGCCACUAAAUUUAUAGACCUUAGUAUGCAGCCUCAAAUGAAAAUGUCUUGGGAGACUGAAGUACAAGAAGCACAAUUACUAAUACAAGGAAAAAUUUUACCUACAGUCAAAUAAAAACAGGUAACGUGUUUAAGAGCAGUGUGAUGAGUGAAAUGACAGAAGAAAUAUGUUUUGGAGAACAAAAGCUUCGUUUUGGUGACCAUAUGUGGGUGGGACAGGUGGGAAGGGCAGGGAGAUGACAAUGAAUUAAAUAAAAUAUUUUUUUUAUAAAACAAAGUAUAUUUCCCCAACCUCUACAAAUAUAAUCUGGAAUGAAGUAUAUAAAAUAUUUAUUUUUACCUUUAUUUAAACUGUGGAUACAUUCACAUAAAUGAUAUUAAAUCUCUAAAUAAUUAUUUUAACUUUUAUUUGAAUGUAUGAGUAGUGCAAACUCAUUGUGACAAUAAUUUUUGCAUUAUUACUAAUUAAAGUUCUUGCAUUUUAUUAACUCAUCAUAUAAAAAUCUAGUAACAUUCAUAUCUAUCAUUUUUCUCUCAAUUUAAAGUGUAUAAAUAAUUAAAAACAUAUAUGUAAAUCAUUAUUUAAAUCAAAAUAUAUAACAUAUACUACUUGCAAUAUAAAUUUCAAAUAACCAACAAAAUUGUUAUUACAAAAUGCCUAUGUAAAAUGCCUUUAUUACAUGCACUAUACAAUAGAUGUAGAUCUUGAACACAUAUUAAUGAAAAAUUUAAUGUAUAUCAUCGGUUUUUAAUCAAACUAUUAACAAUAAGUCACAAAAUUGUAAUGUACAAUUGGGUAAUCUUGCGCUGUUUGACCUAUAAGCAAACAGUUGUUCAAACAUUGUGUACACAAUGAUACAAGGAUGUAUUAUUAUCAAUAACCAAUUAGAUGCACCUUCAAAUGUGUGUACAAUAAAAGUCAGUCAGUGAUACAUGUCUUAUUGCUUUUUGUUUACUUAACUCAUUGCUAAUUAAUUCUUUAUUUGUACGAAAAGGUGGAGUUUGUCUCGUUUCAAGAGACAAGGCAAUGUUUCUGUAUGUAGCAUCCGCAGAUUUUCAUUUUCAUUUUGUGGACUUUAAAAUGUCUAUUUAAUUUGGACCGACUUAAGGUUUUUUUUUAUUUUUAGGCUAGCUAACAAAACUGUUUGUGAUACCACACCAUUAUACCUAUAUAAUAA